GUGAGCAAUGCACUGCUGUUUCCUCGGCGCUCAGAUGUAACAGGAUAAAAUGCUGAAGUUCUUCUCCGCUCGGGAUGACGACAACGAAAGCCUUUUGGGGGGGAUAACAGAAGAUGAGGGAGAAAACCCAUCCCUGCAGGACACCAAGCAGCACUGGCUGAAUAGACCCUCUGUCCUGGUGCUCAACAAAGAAGAUGUUGGCUGUGCUCAGAUCAGACCAGAAUCUCCAUCGAACGCCACAUCGGAUGCAACACUUGGAAGUACAUUUAGACCAUGUGAGCAGAAAUCGGAGCGCCACACCAAAAUGGCCUCACACCAGGCCAUUUUGGAGGAGGGAAGCUGCACUGUGACUGCCAUCUCCGCAUGGAGCGAGAGGGAGUCCUCCAGCACCUUGGUGCUGAGCGCUGCAGAGGCUGUUUGGCUGGAGGAGGAGAAGAAUAAAGAAGGGCUAGCAGAGAAAACCCAGGAUCUUCCUUCCAAAGAGGACUCUGUGAUUGAGGAGAAGGAGCUGGAGGAAACUGGACUGGAGCAACAAGAGCAUUCCUGCAGCGUCAGUGCACCUUCCAGCCUCUCAGCAGAGGAUAUGUGCGGAGGAGGGGCCGGGGAGUUUCCUAGCCAGUGUGAGACAGCCAGAUCUGAAGGGGAAGAUGGGACAAAAAACAACAAUUCCCAAGUAGAGGGAGCCAUGGGAGAGUGUGCAGGUCUUCCUGUGGAUCCUGAUAACGAGGCCCAAAUGAGCCCCGCUGGAAUUCUGUCCAAAGAUCGAGGCACUGUCCUUGGGGAGGUAGCUCCAGUGUGGGUCCCAGAUGCUGAAGCUCAGGUCUGCAUGAAGUGUGGGGUCAAGUUUACAUUUACCAAGAGGAGGCACCACUGUCGAGCUUGUGGGAAGGUGUUCUGUGCACUGUGUUCCAAUCUGAAGUUCAGACUUACACAUCUGGAUGGAAAGGAGGGUCGGGUUUGCGUUUCCUGUCAUUCAACCCUCAUAAAAAGGACACCUCCUAGGGGAAGAAGGAGGGUGUGGUUUGCGGAUGAAAUGUGCAGCAAUCAGCAGUCGGAGUCUGCUCCGACCACACCAUUGAGGGGACCGUCCUUCUCGCCGCUGAUGAAGCGAAUGCUGGGUGGGCCCAAUAAAAGUCCUGUGGGUUCACCACAGAUCAGGAGAACUUUGAGACCAAAUGGGACCGCCAUCAGUGAGGCCUGCGGUCCAUACGGCUGGAGCACCACAGCUUUAGUGAGCAGCUCUGCCAACCUCAUUCCUUUGGACGGCCUGCCGCCUAUCCUCACCUCUACAGGAGUCAAAGGAGACUACACUGUGGAGGAGCAGCCCUCUGAGACGCUGCUCAUCCAGGAGCUGGAGAGCGGCAGGCCCAAGCCGCUGGUGUUUGUGCUCAAUGCCAACCUGCUGGCUAUGGUCAAGCUGGUCAACUAUGUGAACAGGAAGUGCUGGUGUGUGACAACUAAGGGAAUGCAUGCUGUUGGCCAAGUGGAGGUGGUGGUGCUGCUUCAGUGCCUGCCUGAAGAGAAAACCUUCCCCAAAGACAUUUUCAGCCACUUCAUCCAGUUGUACAGGGACACGGUCGCAGGGAAGGUUGUAAAACACCUGUCACUGUUCCUGUUUGGCAGUCGCUUCCUAGGCACUAGUGAUCAUGCAGGCUUCAUGUACGUCCGCUCCACCCUCCAGUCCCUCCAAGGUCUACCUCUGCCCAACCAGCCCUACCUCUUUGGCCUGUUGGUCCACAGAGCGGAGGUGGCCUGGGCCAAAGCCUUCCCCCUUCGCCUCAUGCUGCGAUUGGGGGCUGAGUACAGAUUUUACCCGUGUCCUCUGUACAGUGUACGUUUCAGGAAGCCCUUGUUUGGGGAAAUAGGCCACACCAUAAUGAGACUGUUAGUGGACUUUAGGAAUUACCGAUACAGCCUACCAAUGGUACCGGGACUCACUGUGGAUCUGGAAGCUCAGAGGACCUGCAUAAAGAUGCCGACCACUGGCUAUAAUGAACUGAUGAAAGCCCUGAGUAAGUCCAACGAGCAGGUGCUGGCAAUCGGAGCAUGCUUCAACGAGACCGCAGACUCCCACCUCAUCUGUGUGCAGACGGAUGAUGGCCAGUACCAAACCCAAGCCAUCAGCAUCCACAAUCAGCCUCGCAAAGUCACUGGAUCCUGCUUUUUUAUAUUCAGUAGUGCCCUGAAACCAUCUGCAGGAUACCUGGCCAAGUCCAGCAUUGUCGAGGAUGGGCUCAUGGUGCAGGUCACCGUGGAAACCAUGGGGGAGAUCCGCCGGUCGCUCCGGGAGAUGAAAGACUACACCGUCACAUGUGGACGGCUUGACCAAUCAGAGAGCCAGGAGCUUGUUUGUUUACAGUGGGUGGAGGAGAAAUGCACUGUGAACAAGGGCGUCAUAAGCCCCAUCGAUGGGAAAUCUAUGGAGUCUAUCAGCAGUACGAAGAUGUUCCAGAAGUCUGAAUACAAAGAAAAUGGGAAGAUAAUUCGCUGGACAGAAGUGUUCUUCCUGCAGAGGGGCCAAAAUCCAAAAAGGGGAGCGACUGACUCUGCUGAGCACAGCCGACUUACAGAGCGGAUCGCCCGGGCAUUCUGCCUGGCACUGUGUCCCCAUCUGAAACUGCUGAAAGAAGAUGGGAUGGCCAAGCUGGGUCUCCGUGUCACUUUUGACCCGCAAGAGGUGGGGUUUGUCGCUGGGAGCAACGGGCAGCCCCUUCCUUCCCAGUACCUCAAUGCUUUAGAUAGUAUACUGAUCCCAGUUAUCCAUAGCAGGGGGCGGAAGAGGGAAGACGAGCCCAAUGUGAUGGAACUCAUCUUUUAUAUACUGGAGAACGUCACUUAAGACAGACAGUUGUGUCUAUAAUCAUCUUCCAGGACAACAAAAAAGAAAAAAAAUUGCAAUAUCAAACCAGGAUCACAUCCAAGGUCCUCGCGUAUCUCAUUCAUGCAUGCCGGGAGACGAGCAGUCUGACUUUUAGCGGCCCUCUGAUUUCACUCAGCCAAAACCUAAACUACACUACGUGAAAUCAACGGUAGACCCCCAAAUCAGAUCAGGGUGCAGCGUCUGCACUGUUUUAACAUCUUCAUAGCUUAGCGCCCUUCAUGUCACACUGCUCAGCACACGCUCCCAUACGGAGUACGCCUCUAAAGUGAGAUCUGGAUUCAGCCCUGUGACUCUAAAACAGAAAAAGACAACAACUUUAAGAACUGUAUGCAGUAGCUCUGUAGAAAUGUGAUGCACACUGGAGGAAUGCUUGAGAAUCUCGUCACACCAGACAAAUUUUAAUUGACUGCUCAUGAAAUGUAAUGUCAGCUUGGAAUUAAACUUGAAAUAUUGA